CAUAUGUGAUGUGAAAUGAAUACGUGAUUGAACUUUUUAUUACAAAAACGGCAGGGGGAUUUCUAUUGUGUAAAAUACAAGUCCAAUGUUAUAUGUAACUAAAAAUACAUUAUUUUAUUCAGCACCGUUAAUGUAAUGUUAAUGAUAGUUGCUAAUUUCUCUUUUCACCCCGGUAAUACACUAUUAACCUCUCCCCCACCUCUUAUGAAAAAUUUGUGCCUUGUCGCCUUCCUAAUCAUUUAUUUACGACUCUAUUCAACAUUAUUCUUCGUAGUUGGACGCAUCAAACUUCAUUUAGAAUGUGGGUAAAGUGUGUUUACGUCUAUGUUUAUUUUAUGACUAUGAAAGUGUUUUUUAUUCACGGAUUUCCAUCAAGAAAAAGGAUCAUCUUCCCAAAUUCACUGGAAGAGCAAGAAACAUUUGUUCCGAAAUGUAGCGGCAAUAGAACGUUUUGUGAAGACGUUGAGAAUUACCCAGUAAAUAAAUUUUACGAAAUUUUGAAAAACACAACAUACGAAGAGGCAUAUUUUAUUCCGCAAAGUGUCGCACAGGAAGAAUCGAUCAAAAAUCGGAAGUACAAACCAACUGAGUUUUAUAUCUGCGAUUCCCACAUCCAAAUUCAAUAUCCGAGAGUGGCUUACAACGUCAAAAAUGAAUGGAAAUAUGUUUAUAAUUUUGAUAAGUACAAACAAGGAGUAAAAACAGAGGAAUGUGUGGGUGAAACAGCUUGUAGAUCAUUUGGAGAAACGCCAGCAGUUAGGACGAAAUGUGUUCAAAAGUAUAGCGAUAUUUUACUCUUGGUUGCCGAUGAAGACGGCAAACCUGUGUGGGAUUUAUUCUGGUUUCCUUCCGCCUGUCUUUGCGCAUACGAACCAAUUAUUAAUUUUAACCGAGUUUAGGAGAGUUUGCCGACAACUAAUUUUCUUAAAAUUUUCGACCAGUAAAAAUUUAUUUAAAAAAAUAAAUGGUUGAGUUUGAGAUUUUUUUACUAAAACCUUUAUCCUUAAUCUUACAAAUAAAAAUUCGAUGGCCCAAGCUGAAAUUUGAUACUGCUUAAGUUUCCGAUUUUUUUGCUGAAACUUUUAUUCUUAUUAGAUUCAUAAUAAAAUAAAAGGCAAGUAAACAGUAUAAGACUUGAAGGGAAAUUUGAUACCAAAGCGUUGAUUCUUGUGAAGGAAUUUUGUAAUGAAAUUGCCCUUCGGAGCCGGUCUCCUGCGGUUAGAGAAAAUGGUGUUCAUGGCACUGGACGGUAAGUGUUAUUAACUUCUCUUAAUCCUUUGCUAUUAGUGUCAGAUCUACCUGUUCAGGGGACAGUGUAGUUCUUGUAAGAGUGGUAGUUGGACGUUUUAUGUGUAAUAUUUAAAAAAAUGUGGGUUUUUGUG